AUGACAGUCGAGUCCAUACAUUUCACCAUCAGCCUCGCUGAACCAGCGGAUGCUGCCGAGAUUGCAGCGUUAGGUGGCAAUGUGUUCUUCGAGUCGUUUGCAUACUCGAUGCCAGCCGAGGAUAUGGACCAAUAUCUCAAGACAUCAUACAGCACACAGCGUAUCGAGACCGAGAUCCAAGACACGCACACCUAUCUCUUCUACACGGCGCGCGACGACAGCACCAACCAACUUCUCGGCUUCGUUCAGCUCAAUCGCUUCUCCCAAGAGCCAUGUCUUGAGAUCAAACCGCCAAACACCAUCGAGUUGCAGCGCAUCUACACAGACUCAAACGCACACAGCCGCGGAGUGGGUUCUAAGCUCAUGAGUCAAGCACUAGGCUACGCCACCGAAAACGGAUACCAGGCAAUAUGGCUCGGUGUGUGGGAAGAGAAUCUGAAAGCGCAAAAGUUCUACAUGCAACGCCACCAUUUCAAAAAGGUCGGCGUCCAUGACUUUACCAUGGGAAGCUGUGUACAGACCGACUGGAUCCUGGAACGUCGCCUUUGA